AUGUUUAUUGUUCCAUUAGAGGGCAGCAAACGCUCGACAUUACUGAAGCGCAACUUGGAUCGGAUCAAGGCUCUGUCAAUGUUCAUCCAGCAUGUCCGAGUAAUUCCGGAUCCAGACUGUAUAGAUUCAGCGAAUCUGCUGCCGAAAUUGGCCUAUCAUGUUGUGAUGGAGUUGCUCGAUGAAUGUGACGUUCCACAUGUUUGCGGCACCCGGAAUGCUAAAUUGCAAACGGCUGAACUCGCGGUGCUGCUCGAUUGUCCGAUCGUGAGUGACAACUCCGACUUCUACAUAUUUCAGUCGCCUGUGCCAUCACGUUACCGAGUGAUUCCGUUGUCUUUAUUUAAUUCUGCAUGUGACCAAUUGCCAACAAAGUGCGCCGAUUGUGACUCGCAGUCUACAACGUGCUACGGAGUGUCAUGUUCUGUCUUCUGCCAACCUAAGUCUAGUUUGAACAAAGUGACACCGACUUUGCUUCCACUGUUGGGCGUGCUGUUGGACAACAAUGCCACUUCAAACGUUCACACUCCUGAUAGUGUGCAACUCUUAAUUAAGAAGACCCCUAAAAUGCCAUACGGCGCGAAGCGGGUGCAUGCUGUGCUAAGGUGGUUGUCCCAAUUCACGAAUAACUCCUCAGGUGCAUUACAUGAAAUUCUCUCCGGAUAUUCUAGCCUCCAACUAAACGACAUUACGAAGCAAAUUGCGCAAUGCAUCCGUGGAUACUUUCUCGACCCGGUCACCGGUGGUUCUGAACUGGCCAAUGAAAUAAAUCUCCCGAGUGACACUGCAUUUACCCUCCGCUCACCGCGUGGGAACCAACCUGUUAACUUUGAUUCCUUCUCAGUGAACACGGUGGAUGAGGCGGUUUCUUUGCUGUGUCGGACCUUGUCUCACUGUGGUCGCAUAUCCGCUUUAUUGAUUGAUGCGCUAUACGUGCGUGGUGGAAGUGUGCUACGGAUUCUGUACGAGGAUCUUAAAUAUGCAAACUCCAUCUACACCGUUGAUCUUGAGUAUCGCAUCGGUUGUUCCCACAAACUCCGGUGGUUGACGGACGGCCAACCGGUAGAAAGCUACCGUGAAGGCAGGCGAAUGUCAACGUUCUCCGUGAAGUUACCUGUUGCGACUGUGCCCCGUUGUCAGUUGGCCUUAGAGUCUUUCGAUCGAUUUUUUAGCCAAUAUUUGUCCAUUGACCUGAGCAGCAUGGUUAGUGACUCCUCGGAGUCGAUGGGUAUUAUCUGUAUGCUUAUUGUAUGGUUGCGACAUGCAUCUGUUAAGGAGGUCGCCCAGAUGCCAGCGGUCAGAAACCCCGUCGCGUUAGCUUUCGUCACUUGUGCUUUGUUGACUAUAUUUCAUUACGAAUACCUCCGUGGACGCGAAAGCACCGUUGCAGAUAAGAAAGUGUCUGAACUGUGUAAAGGAUAUGGUCAAGUUGCUAGCGAUGCGAAACGCGAAUCGGUGAAAAGUGGUCACCAAUGCUACGCAAUUGAGGUUGUACAUCAGCCGAAUGAAUUGCAAUUGGUGUACGUGGAAUUGCAGCACCUGACGCAUUUGCUGGAAGUCCUGUGCCCAUGCAGUAAUGCAGAGGAAGACCCCACUGGAGGUGACAGUGCACCCGCUGACGAAAGGCGAUUGAGUUUGUGGCCCGGGUGGGUGAUGUUUUCAAGUGGACGCCUGCUUCAUUGGUUGGCGCAGGCCCUGGCCUGUGCUCCGCCUGAUGACGGAUUCGAGCGGUUGCAGAAUAAUUGGAUCCCCUUCUUGUUGCGUGCAGUUUUCUGUGACAUCACCCCACCGAGUGUAUCCGAAUUGUCCACUCGCGUUUCCGAUCUACUCAAAACCGUGCAGCGCGUAUUGAUUGAAGGGUCCACAAUAUCAAGCGUAUGA